GUACUUCGUACGUGGGGGGCGGGAUCAGUCAGCAACCGAAGUGCUUUGCAGGCCACCGGUGCAUCCAACUGCCAACGGCGCCCUACGGCUCCCGCGCCGAGGCUGCCACGGUACCGAGGGGCGGGUAGCGCAGCAGGCGGAUGGAUGGGUGCAAGACACCGAGGGCAGACCGAAACGGCCACCCGGCUCCGCCGCCGAGGGUGAUUGACGGGCAUUGAGAGAUGCCCGGGAUCCACCUGUGCAUACUGUAGGUGCCCCAGAGCGGAGCGCGGCCCACUGACAGAGAGGGAGAGAGAGAGCUCUCCCGUCUCCAGCGCUGCUUUGUCAGCCGGCUGCAUCUGCCUCAGCGCCCUGCCGCAUCGGUCGACUUUUUGGAGCUGCAGUUGUUGUUCUGUGACAGCUGCCGAGCUUACACACAACCACGCGCGAUCCCGUGUCCGGUCCUGUCGCGUACCUAUGGCAGCUCCGUCGCGGACAGCUGCUUUCCGCCUCAGUCGGAGGCUACGGCCACAGCGGCCUCAGCCCUCCUUCCCGACAUCCUCGAGCCGCCCGACUCCCAUCGCCGCCCGCCAACCGAUAUGCGCGCCCGCUUCGGCGCCAUGCCUUCGAUGGCACUCAAACUUCUCGUCAGUGAAUCCAGACGAGGUCUCCCACUUUAACGCCCUGGCCGGCGAGUGGUGGGACCCUCAUGGCUCCUCGCGGCUGCUGCAUCUCAUGAACCCUCUGCGCCACGACUUCAUCCGGACGUGUCGCAACUCUGCCGCGCAGCAGGAGCCCGACCAAGACGAAUCGCUUUCGUACCUGGACAUUGGCUGCGGCGGCGGGAUCUUUGCGGAAAGUGCCGCUCGAAUGCCCAAUACACGGCGUGUCACCGCCAUCGACCCCACGCCAUCCGUCCUGGCCGUCGCCAAAGCCCACGCCCGCAAGGACCCGUCCCUGAGCGACAAGCUCACGUACACGCAGACGUCCAUUGAGGAGCUGCCCGUGCCGGCAUCAGACGCGCACCGGUACGACGUGGUCAGCCUCUUCGAAGUCAUCGAGCAUGUGGACGAGCCCGCCGCGUUUCUGGAGCUGGUCCGCCCGUUCGUCAAGCCCGGCGGAUGGCUCGUCAUGAGCACAAUCGCGCGAACGUGGAUGAGCUGGCUCACGACCAACCUCGUCGCCGAGGACAUACUGCGGAUCGUGCCCAAGGGCACGCACGACUGGAACAAGUACAUCAACGAGGAGGAGCUGCGGCGCUAUUUCCUUGACAAGGGGUGGGAGAGUCCGCGGGUGAUGGGCGUCGUGUACGUGCCGGGGCUUGGGUGGAAGGAGGUGCGCGGCAGCGAAAAAGUCGGCAACUAUUUUUUCGGCGUGCGGAGGGCCGUCGACGCGGAUGCUUCAUGAUACCCCGGGCGCUCGAAGCAAGCCAUGUUGACGUCUUGUGUGGGAUUGUGUAACACAACUGUAUAAACACAUGUAGAGCAGAUAAUUCAAGACUACCACGCCAUGGUACAUCAAGCAGUGGCCUGGGAACAGUUCGAC